AUGAAGCCCCGAAGCGGUUGCGAAUCUUGUCGAGAACGGCAUCGAAAAUGCUACUUUCCUCCGGGAGCUACCGUCUGUCAUGGUUGCAAGGAAGCGAACCGUGAAUGCAGAGCAGCGCCCAGAUGGACGUUUCUUGCCGCGUCGUCGUCGCAUGCAGACUCCCCGUCUACUCCCGAGGAUGCGCCUCUUCCACGCAGGUCGAGGCCGCGAAAGUUGCAAGCCGUCGGCAACUCGCGGGCGCAAUCUUGCUCAAAGGGACGGCGCGGGGCACCUGAGGCGGCGGCCCAACGACACGUGCAUGCCUCCGUUGUGGACUUCGCCGAAGACAACCAUGUUUCUACUGUUCUGCAACAUGGGUCAUCGAGAGGCGCUCGGCCAAUAAGCAAGUCAAGGGUAGAGGGGGCGGCAAUCGAACCGGCGUCUGCUCCGGCUAUUGUGGACACUCGCUUGACUAGCCGGGAAGCGUUUCUACUCAGAUUGUACAUGCUAAAGCUGGCACCCAGCGUGGACGCCUGUGAUGAGUCUCGGCAUUUUACAUUGAUCGUACCACGCCUUGCCUUGGAGGAACCAAUGAUUUUAAACGGUCUCCUAGCACUUGCCAGCAAAUAUGAUGCAUUGUCCAAUGGACGCGUCUCUGAUCUGGAGACGACCAGAUACCAUGGUCGCUGCAUUGAACUGCUUAUCAAAGCCUUUGAUCGGCCACCUAGUACCUAUGAUGCUGUUCUCCUUGUUGCCGUUGUCAUUUCCCGAUUGUACGAAGAGUAUGAUAAUGACAUUGACGUUGAGUACCACCAUCUUAGAGGGGCGAGGAGCUUGAUUGACCAUGAAUCUGUGGCUCGUUCUGCUGUCCAAGGUGGUCUAGCAGAAGCCGCCAGCUGGGUACAUCUUCGCCAGGCUAUAUACGUGUCACUGACCAUGCAGCGCCCACUGGAAAUGUCGUUGAAUAUCUUUGAGAGUGUCAGCAUGCUUCGUCGGCUUGACGAUACUGCCUGUGCCAACCGCAUUGUGUACAUCUUUGCAAAGAUCUUGCAAUGCCUUUGCACACCUUCAAGCCGGCCGCAAGACAACAUCAAUGCUUCAAGGUAUCCGCAGCCUGAUUCAAUGCAGCUCCUUCGCGACGAGCUUGACACUUGGUUUGCUACCAAGCCUGUAAUAUUUGAGCCCUUGUUCCGUGCAGAAACGACGGAUACCGAGAGUGAUGUAUUUCCACCUCUAUGGCUACUCUUGCCCAUUCCAGUUGUUGCACUGCAAUAUUAUUAUGCUGGAAAAAUAUUAUUCUGCUUGUAUGAUCACAGUGGUAUUGCGGCAGGUCAGCCUCUGUCAUCCUACCACGCCCACUCAGACGUGCAGGCCCAAGACGCUAUCGCAAAACUCUUGGAUACGCUCAUGGGCCUUGCCAUGUCCAAUGAUCAUGUGAUCAAUGCGUUUUUCAUCCCUACACACAUGCUGACAAUCUGUAUGUCUUCAAUCUGA